AUGGCCGAAGUCAAGGAAGAGAAUGGCAAGCGCAAAGCCGAGGACGAUCCCGUCUCGCCCGCCGCAUCUAAGCGGGUUAAGCACGACGAAGAUGCUGCCGAGGCAACAGAGCAGAAGCCCGUCGAGAUGAAGCCGAUUCCAUUUCCAGAAAAGCCCGCCGUCAUCGAAGAGCGCAAUGGCGAAAUCGAAUUUCGCGUGGUCAACAACGACAACGAGCGCGAGUCCCUCAUCAUCCUCACCGGCCUCAAAUGCAUCUUCCAGAAGCAGCUCCCCAAGAUGCCCAAGGACUACAUCGCGCGACUCGUCUACGACCGAACCCACCUCUCCAUCGCCAUCGUCAAGAAGCCGCUCGAGGUCGUCGGCGGCAUCACAUACCGGCCCUUCAAGGGGCGCCAGUUCGCCGAAAUCGUCUUCUGUGCCAUUAGUUCUGACCAGCAAGUCAAGGGUUACGGCGCGCACCUCAUGUCGCAUCUGAAGGACUACGUCAAGGCCACCAGCGACGUCAUGCACUUCUUGACGUACGCCGACAACUACGCCAUUGGUUAUUUCAAGAAGCAGGGCUUCACCAAAGAGAUCACCCUGCCCAAGCACGUCUGGAUGGGGUACAUCAAAGACUACGAGGGCGGCACCAUCAUGCAAUGCUCCAUGCUGCCGCGCAUUCGAUAUCUGGAAAUGGGCCGCAUGCUCCUUAAGCAGAAGGAAUGCGUCCAGGCCAAGAUUCGAGCGUACUCCAAGUCGCACAACAUCCACCCGCCGCCCAAGGAGUGGAAGAAUGGCAUCCGCCCCAUCAACCCCCUCGACAUCCCCGCCAUCCGCGCGUCCGGCUGGUCCCCCGACAUGGACGAGCUCGCGCGCCAGCCGCGCCACGGACCCAACUACAACCAGCUCCUCCACCUGCUCAACGACCUUCAGAACCACAAUUCCGCCUGGCCGUUCCUCGUCCCCGUCAAUAGAGACGACGUGGCCGACUACUACGACGUCAUCAAGGAGCCCAUGGACCUCAGCACCAUGGAGAGCAAGCUCGAGGCCGACCAGUACGCCACGCCCGAGGACUUCAUCAAGGACGCCAAGCUCAUCUUCGACAACUGCCGCAAGUACAACAACGAGAGCACGCCCUACGCCAAGUCGGCCAACAAGCUCGAGCGCUUCAUGUGGCAGCAGAUCAAGGCCGUGCCCGAAUGGUCGCAUCUUGAGCCGGAGAAAUAA